GCACAAAUCAAGAAAGAGUAGUACUAGCACAUCAUGGGAAGAAUCGAGACGGCUGGGGAAGUCCAGAGCCCGGUGAAGGGCGUCGCCGUGGGCUCAUACCCUCAGAAUCAUCAUCCAGCGCAGCCUCAGCCCGUUGGAAGGCCGUGGAGCACUGGACUAUUUGACUGCCAUCUAGACCAAACCCAAGCUGUGAUGACGGCGUUAUUACCAUGUGUGACGUUCGGACAGAUAGCCGAGGUUUUGGAUGAAGGGGAAAUGACUUGUCCAUUGGGGAGUUUCAUAUACAUGUUGAUGAUGCCUGCUGUUUGCUCCCAAUGGAUCAUGGGAUCUAAGUACAGAUCCAAGUUGAGGAACAAAUAUGGGCUAGUCGAGGCGCCUUACAGCGACGUCGUUUCACACAUUUUCUGCCCUUGUUGUGCCCUCUGCCAAGAGUCGAGGGAACUCAAGAGUAGAGGCCUCGACCCAACUCUUGGAUGGAAUGGAAUCGUUGCGCAACAACACCAGUACGGGAAUGAGCCUCCUCCGGCGCAAGCUAUGUCGAAAUAGUUGGUAAAAUAAAUGUUUUUUAAAUAUUGUGGGAAUCUGCAUUCGUUAUCUUUGGAGUAAAUUUUUGUUCUUGUGCAAGCAUUUGUUUCUUAUUCUAGUAAGCUUGUAUUUUUUCCCUAUUUUCUUGCGUGUCUUACCUAUUGUCAUAUGUACUACUAUACCAAACAUUUUCUCUCUCGAUUCUAAUAUUCAUUCCCAUAGGCCAUAACUUGUGGGGUCAUGUACUCUA